CAUGAGUGAGGAAAGAUCUGAGGAAGUACAGAAGUCAUCCUUAUUGCCAAAUGCUAAUUCUUACCCUUCUAAGGAUCUGGACUUGAAUCUGAGGAAAGCUGUGGACUCUUUGAGGUUGUCUCCUAUAGGAUUGAGGUUGAAAUUAAGAAAUCUAAAGCUUAUUUUUCAGAGACCCUAAUCAGCUAUUGUGUGUUUACAAAUCCACUAGGGAGACCUGGGCUAGAAGUCAGUGAUAAGGUUCCAGCCUAUGAACAUCAAGGCCCUGUCUUCCUUACCCUAGAUAAUGAGCCCAAAACCCCCUUCCGUUUAUCUGGGCUCUCUUGGAGAAAACCCAUAGUCCCUUUCCUUGUCCUAAGAUGCCUGACAGCAGGGGCUGAAUUUUGCCUCAUUUUAAGUCUCCACACAAGUGAGUAUGGGAUGUAUGUUACGUUUGCUCAAUAAACAUGCUCCAUCUUUCCUCAUGAAUAACCACAAGUUUUCACCAUCCUUUUCAUCAAUAUAUAUGUAAUCCCAACCCCUGUGGUUAUAAAAAAACUUCUCUCCCCCUUCUAAGUGGCAGAUUUGAAGCUUGCCCUAUUAUCUUUCUUUGGCUGCCUCUAGAAUAAACCCUUCUCUUUCAUACAUGAUGUCUCAGUGAUUGGCUUUGCUGUGCUUUGGACAGUGGAACUUGGGUUUGGUUACAUUUCCAGAAAAUAUUUUUAGAAGACCCAUGCCAAAAUUUUGCAUAUUAUUUUAGGUAUUCACCCUUUCUUUGAAACACCAUAUAUUUCAGGGUAAGAAUCCCCGGCCUAAAGACCUCUCACUAUUUUCAGUCCAUAUUAACUCUAGUAUAAAUAGCCUAUUCCUUUUUCUAUUCUAAGACUACUUUCAGGUUUUUAAGUUAAGUACUUUGUAAUCAUAUUCUAGAAUCUCACUCCAUCUUUCACGAUCUUACAGACUUAGUUAUUACCUGGAGUGUAAGCUUUUUUCCUUACUAGGCUGUGUCACAGUUGUAAUUAAUAUUCUGUAAAGCUUUAGUAAAGUGAUAGGAUAUUUUGAAUCACCUUUAAAAAGAAAGUUCUUUGAAUUUAAAUUAUCUUCCACCAGGAACAAUUUACUGUUGUCUUAUUUCCAUUUUUUUCUUUAGUUUUUAGGCUCAAAUUUUGCCUUUUACUCUUGAAGACUCAUUUAUGAACACAAAUUAUGGUUAUGUAUAUGUGCAUUUGAGGUCAGUUAUUAACAGUUGUUAACCUAAUCCUCUUUAAACCCUUACGGUAAGAGUUAAAUAUAGCACGUGUACAGUUACCGCGUGCGGGCACUGGUCCUGAGACGCGCCCCAGGAUUCAGGAAUGACUGAGGCUCAGAAGCUCCUAGCCUGGUAGAGGUGACACCGGAAGGCCUGGCAGGCCAAGUCUUCUGCUGUGUUUUCUUGCCCAAGUCCAGAACUCUCUGGGUUCAAUUUCUUCAACUCCCAUUGAGUGACACAGAUUAGAAAGGGGCCUCAGGGUCCAGCCAGCUGUAUACAGACUUCAAUGAAUCCUUCUUCCACUUCCAAAUGUCACUCCAUGGAUUCCUUUGGACAACCCAGACCAGAAGAUAAUCAGUCAGUAGUUAGCAGAAUGCAAAAGAAAUACUGGAAAACUAAACAGGUCUUUAUCAAAGCAACGGGAAAAAAGGAGGAUGAGCACGUGGUGGCAUCUGAUGCUGAACUGGAUGCUAAACUCGAGGUUUUUCACUCCAUUCAAGAGACAUGCACUGAACUUCUGAAGAUAGUUGAGAAAUAUCAGCUAAGACUCAAUGUUAUAUCAGAGGAAGAAAAUGAACUGGGGCUCUUUUUAAAGUUUCAAGCAGAACGGGAUACAACACAAGCUGGUAAAAUGAUGGAUGCUACUGGCAAGGCACUCUGUUCUUCAGCCAAGCAAAGAUUGGCCCUGUUUACUCCUCUGUCUCGUCUGAAGCAAGAAGUAGAAACAUUCAGUCAAAGGGCGGUAUCUGAUACCUUGAUGACAAUCAAUCGUAUGGAACAAGCGCGCACAGAAUACAGAGGAGCCCUGCUGUGGAUGAAGGAUGUGUCCCAAGAACUGGACCCAGACACCCUAAAACAAAUGGAAAAGUUCAGAAAAGUACAGAUCCAAGUGAGAAAUAGCAAAGCUUCUUUUGACAAGUUAAAGAUGGAUGUUUGUCAGAAAGUGGAUUUACUUGGAGCUAGUCGCUGCAAUAUGUUAUCUCACUCCCUCACUACCUACCAGAGGACACUGCUUGGAUUCUGGGAGAAAACAGCCCGAUUGAUGUCCCAGAUCCAUGGGGCCUGUACUGGCUUCCAUCCAUAUGAUUUUGUAGCUCUCAAGCAACUACAAGACACUCCAAGCAAGCUUACCGAAGACCACAAAGAACAAAUAGAAAACAAUUCUCUCACUGAAAACCUCAAUAAGUUAGUUUUGUCAGAUGAGGAAGUGAGCUUGGGAAAUGAACCAGCCGAAGAUCACAAGGAAAAACAUUUUCAAAUGAGAGAAUUUGGAGCACCUCAGUUUUCUAAUUCUGAAAAUGUUGCAAAAGAUUUACCUAUAGAUUCACUGGAAGAUGAUUUUGAGAAGGAAUUCUCAUUUCUCAACAACCUCCUAAGUCCUGGUUCUUCAGGUACUGGUGAAUUUACCCAAGAAUGCCAGACCGCCUUUGGGAGCCCUGGCGCCAGCUUCAUGUUGCGGGAGCCUGCUGUGGGGUCUCAGCCUCUUGCUCAUUCCCCACGAUUCCUUCCUUCACAGCUCUUUGACCUUGGCCUUCAUGCUGCCGGAGCUUUUAACAGCUGGGCCUUGCAAGGGGGAUUAGAAGUUCCUCUUUCACACACUGAUAACCAGCCAGUGCCUUCACAGAGUCCAAAGAAAUUAACAAAGUCUCUCAACAAUGGUAACCAAGACAUGUCAGCCUGGUUCAAUCUAUUUGCAGACUUGGAUCCACUUUCAAACCCAGAUGCUAUUGGACACUCAGAUGAUGAACUACUUAAUGCUUGACUGAAACUAUGUCGUCACUUCAGUGGCCUUGAAACAUCAAUUUCACAACAUAUUGCCUUUGUGGAAAGGAGUUUAUAUUGUAACCCAUACACAAAAGCAUCGUGUUUGUGAAUCUAACACUUUUCAGCCAACUUUAAAGAGAUGGUAAGGACUACGUUUGAAUAGAUCAAGUAUUUCUUUAAUAUCUUGGAUUUGCAGCUGUUGAUAAUAUGUGGAAAAUACUAUGAACCACUGAGUCGGAAAUAGAUACCAAAAUUUAUUUCAAAAUAAUAAUUAGGAAUACUUCUGUAAAUAAGGAAUUGGGCUUAUUUCUUUGGAAAGCCUUUUAUGUGUAAGUUGCCUUGCUGGCUUUGAGAAUUCUGUAUGUGGAUAAAAACAGCAUGUAAAUUUGGAUGUGAUUUGGGGUUGGUUUUUAAAUAAAACCAUAGCAGGGGGAGUUUUCUGUUGUGGAAAAUAACACUAGAACCAGAACAGUUUUGUCUUUAGUUAGAAAAGUAGAGUAAGAUUUGAGAACUCAGUUUGCUUUAAUGAAAUCCCAGAGAAACUUGGUGCUUUUCUCCACUUGGAGGCUAAAAUGUAAUAUUACUUAGUUUUUUUCCUUCACAGAAAAUCAUGGAUACCCCUCAAUUCCAUUAUUGAGUUUUCAUGGGAAAAUAGCAGGAGGAUUCAUUUGCUAAAUCUAUCCUCUGCAGAAGCUCAUAAACCCAUCUCCUAAACCACAAGAAUGUCCAGUAAUAUUCAAGACAUUGUACAGGUGUCUUUAGGCCUGGUUUUUCACACAUUGUUACCAUAAUGUACAGUAUUCAUAUUCUUUCUGAAAAGAAAGCAAGGGGAGGACAAUCCCUAAGCACCUGGCAAUAGUAUUCCUGAAAUUACCCAGAAACUUCUAUCUGAAUGAGGGAAAAAUUCUAAGCUUAUCCUUGUACAUAUUUGUACACUUAUAACCUAUUUCUUGACACGAUUUAAUCCAGAUUACUUUUCUGGCAGUCAUAGAAGACUCCGCAUGAUCAAACAGAAAGGGUCUUAUUUUUCCACUUUUCCCUUUCUGUGGGUGACAUCAUCUAAGGCUCUACUUGAUGACUGAGGAAAAAUUGUUACCCUUACUGGAGGGAGGUUAGUGUAAGCCAGUGAACCCAUAGCCACUGUAUAUACAUAUCACUCAAUUUCCUGUUCUUUUUUCUUGACCAUCCUUCAGAUUUGAGGCAGUUCUCCAGGUGUCUUAUUUUUGUCAUCCAGUCCAUUACAUCUCCAUAAGGGAACAUUUUAACUGAGGUGUUCACAGCAGUUUCCAUGUGCUCCCAGUUUUCAACAGGCUUAUUUAUUGUUUAUAAGAGAAUGGCUUGUAAUGUCCGAGUCACUGUAAAUAGAACAUUUUUGGGGACUACACCAGAGUUGGGUAAAGUGCAGUCCACCUCCAUGCACAGCACUCUGGCCUAGCUAUAAUUGGAUCUGCCCCCGAGCCCUCCAGGAAAUCACUGGUGGUGGGGCCGUACCACCUAGGCUGGCAAGACCUUAUCUGAGGAUCAGAAGCAUUGACUCAGGAAAAGGUUAUGUAGUCUUUUCAUGCUUAUUCCUAUUUAUUUCUUUAUUUAGUUAUCUUUUCAGUCAGAAGCAUUUUUUACCUCUUCCUUUUUAUUCAGUGAAAUUCUCCAGAAGAGUCAAUCACCAAGGAUUGUGAUUCGUAAUUACAAUCUAAAUUCUGUACCUAUGGUGACUCUGUGCUCUCAACUUUGAAUACUUCAAAAAUAAUGCUAACUUUGUAUCUUGAGUUUGUGCCAUUUUUCUUUCAUUAAUUUUUUCACUAAUACAUUAGUUCACAAAAUAUUUCUAUAUCUCCUUCACAUGCAUGCAAAGUGGUCCCUGUUAUCUCGAAUAAACAAAUAAAUAAAACCUGAACACAGAGGAAAACCACUGAUCUUUCCAAGCCAGAAGCCAGAAUCCCAGACUAUCAGUGUAUUCACAUUGCCCUCAAUUUCCAAAGAACAAAAGUCCUCAAAAAAAAAAAAAAAAAAAAAGAAACACACAAUAGAUUAUUAUUAUUCAGUUCUUAGAUUCUCUUAACAUUUCUUCUGAGUAUGUAGUUGCCCAUUUAAUCCAAAAGCACAUUGACUGUCUUAGCAAGUUGUUAUAAUUUCAACAAAUCUAACAACUCCAUUUUUGAAGAGCACAUUGAAAACUUUGUUAUUAAAAUGAAGGUAACCAUAUUUUUUCAAGAUUAAUUAUUCGAAGUUCAGUCAUUUAGAGGCCAGAAACAGAAAUCUGGCUAUAUUAUAAAAUAGAUUGCUAAUAGAGGAAACAAACCACUUAUUCAGUAGGGAGUGAAGGAAAGACAUGAUAAACAUAGAACAGAAAGGUGAUCAGUUGCUAUUUGUCUAAAUCUAGAUCAAACAUUCAAUAAGAAAUAACCUUAACCAAAGGUAGGCUGAGAACUCUUUCAAAGUAAACGGAUGUUUUUAUAUUAAAUGGGGGAAAAUAAUAUCUCCUACUUUUUAUUACCAAAUAAGAAUGCAUUUAACCUUAGAAAAGCCCAAGAACUAAAAUUUGUCUAAUCUUUCUUACGACCACUUUACAAGUGAGACAGGAAUACCAGGGCAUAUUAAGAUCAGACUGGUGUAACUUUGUAUUUUUUGAAAUCUUUCAUUAAUUGUAAAACAUAGCUCUGAUAUGGUUAGAAAUGAACUGUAUUUUUAAAAAAAAAAAUAGGUUUCUGUAUUUGCACAAUGAAAUUCAGUGUUUGUAUUUCAACUAUGGAUAUUUACUUCACAUAACUAUAGACCAUCUGGAAAUGUAGAGGUCUUACAGCAUAGGAACAAAGGAAGUUCGUGCUCUCUUUUUCUGAGCCUCUUUUAAUAAAGAUUACAAGAUGCCAUAAAACAAAAAAGUUGAUUUCUUAAAGUACUCAAUACAAAUCCAAUUAUUGUUAACGUAUUCAAAAAUUUGGGUUUUACCUCAGGACCAUAGUAGUAAAAGGUAGUCU